AAAACUCGUACUAAGCACAUGCCACGGAAGUGCUUUUCACAUCUCGUUGUUUAGAAUGCAUGAAAGCUACCUUGUUGCGCGUCAAACCACACAAUCUUCUGCCGGCCGCCGUGACUAACAAUUUUGGCGCUCCGGCGUGGCGCCCCACUUCGCCGAAAAAAGUCUCAACUCCGACCAGAUACGUACCUCUCGACGUCUCCCAUCGGAUCUUGACGGGACAUUUCCACUCCUCUUCUCAUACACCCGCUCGGUGGGCAACGUCAUGUCCUCCACCCCUGCAUCGCCAGCGCCGGCAUCAGUCUCAGAGCUUCUGACGCUGAUAAUAACCACGUCGCCAACCCCGUCCGCGCCUUCGACAGAACUCUUGGAUGCGGUCUUCAAAUCUAUCCGUCUUCACUGCAGUGACUUGCUAUCAUGCCGUAUCAUUGUUGUACUGGACACGUAUGAGCGCAUCGGAGACAUUCCAAGGUUGAAGAAGGGUCAGGUGACGGAAAAGGGCGCGGAGGAGUAUGCAGAGUACAAAGACAACGUCAAGAAGCUCGUGCUAAGAGAAUACGACCAACAUGAGAGACCUGACGAGUUGAGUCAAGAGCAAGGGGAAGCAGAAUAUGGUUACAACGGGCGAGCAGCCACCGUAACGACAAAUUCGGCCACAUUCACCGUAGGCCAGACGAAAGACCUUCGCGUUUCUUUCGUAGAGCCGUCAGAGAGGCUUGGUUUCGGUCUAGCGGUGCGGACGGCCUUGAGAAUAACGGCAACACCGUACGUCUGGGUCCAUCAGCACGACUGGACACUCGUAUACGACAUCCCUGUGGGCCCAAUACUGGAUGUCAUGCAGACGCAAAACGCAGAUGAGGAGAGCCCGGUCAAGUAUGUUUGUCUUGCUUCGGUACGGAUGCUGAAGUAUGCCGAGACUGCUCAUGCGCAAGAAUUCUCUCAUCUUAGAACGUUGACGAACAAGCUGAAGAGGAAUUUUGCGCCAGAGUCAUUUCCGGGGGCGGAGGUGCCGCUGACGCCAAUGUUCUUUUGGCAUGAUAAGCCCCACGUUGCAGCGACGAAGCACUAUUUGACGCGUGUCUUUCCGACGCGACUGGCGAUACCUAGAGGGGCAUUUAUCGAGGAUACGGUUGGACAUCGGGCGCGGACUCAAAUGAAGGAGCAGGGCAUGUGGUCGCGGUGGGCUUGUUGGCUGUUUUAUCCCAAUGAAGGAAGGCAGCUGUGUCUUCGGCACUUGGAUGGGAGGAAGUGGAGGGGCGCAGAGGGGGAGGUCACGAUGAAAGAAGUCUGGAAGCAGGCCAACAAAGAGAUGAGGACAACAAACGAUGAAUGAAACCAAAAGUUACAAGAUAAAGCCUUCAAAAAUCGGGUUUACCGACACACCUUACUCUGGAAUUAGGUCUGUUGCAGUAUAGUAUUGACCUUUGCCUUCGUAAAGCCACUCCUUCACCCAGCUAUCACCUCCAGACGGGCAACCAACUUCAGAGC